AUGGAGAAGAAGGAAAUAGUUGAGGAGGAAUAUGCGCAAGAGGUUCCAGAUCUUCAACCUAUGGAGGAAGAUGUAAUAGAGGAGAUUGAGAUGAUCUUGCAGUAUAGAUUUAGGAAUAAAAUGCUUCUUUCUCAGGCAUUCACCCAGUCAUCUUUUAACAACCCUUUCAAAAAGGCUGGGAAAUCUUAUGAACGAUUGGAGUUCAUGGGUGAUUCGGUGCUUGGCCUCUUAAUGGCUAGAGAGGUAUUUUCUUCUUAUGAAGAUUUGCCUCCGGGACAACUUACGCUUCUAAGGGCUGCUAAUGUUGAUACUGAGAGGCUAGCUCGAAUAGCCAUUAAAUCUAAUUUUCAUCGAUUUCUACGUCAUAAUGCUCCUCAGCUUGAAUGGCAGAUUAAGGAAUUCAUGGAGGGCAUAAAUCAAUAUCCUAUACAUUCAAAUGGUCUCCUUGAUCCACCAAAAGCCCUUGCAAACAUCGUUGAAUCUGUCAUUGGAGCCAUUUUCAUCGACAGCAAUAGUUCUUUAGAGAUUGUCUGGAAGGUCAAUUCUGUCAGCUUUGCUUCUUGUCCAAUUGCUCAUUUGAUUGUUGAUUGA